AGCGUCUUCGAAUCCUUUCUCCGGUUCUCUUAUGGCCGGUGUUGAUGCCUUCCCUAUCUCAUUUCAACUCCUUUCUACGCUACAUUACGACCGCGACACCCGGAUUCAAAUUCGAAGCUCGCAACUUCAAAACGAAAAAUUUAUCUUUUAUUCUCCAGUCAUGCAAAACUGUGAAAAGCUUGGAGCAAAUCCACGCACAUCUCAUCACCACAUCUCAGAUCAAAGACACAUUCACAGUCAUCAAGUUGCUGGAAUCCUAUGCAGUCUCGGCUCGAAACAUUUCCAUUGCUUACCGGGUUUUUAACGGAAUCGACCGUCCUGAUUCUUAUGCCUGGACAACCAUGAUUAGAGGGUUUUUAGAGGCGAAAGACCCUGGAAAGGCAAUUGAAUUUUAUGGGGCAAUGAGGUCAAGGGGUGUAGAAUUGAAUAGGUUCACGUUUUUGUUCAUCUUGAAGGCGUAUGGGUUAAGAACCAGCCUAAAAGAAGGCAGAGUAAUCCAUGAGAAGAUAGUGAAAGUGGGUUUCUGUGCUGAUAUGUUCAUUCAUAAUGCCCUUAUAAAUAUGUAUGCGAAAUGUGGAGAUAUUGAAGCUGCAUAUCGGGUUUUUGUCGAAAUGCCGAGCACUAGCGUGGUUGUUUGGAAUACUUUGAUCACUGGAUUUUUCAAUUGUAGCAAUAUUGACGGUGGGCGUAUGUUGUUCGACCAAAUGCCCGAGAGAAAUGUUGAGUCAUGGAAUGUGGUAAUUGGAGGGUAUUGUAAGUUGGGUCACGUUGAUAGCGCGAGAUCUUUGUUUGAUAUUAUGCCGAAGAGGGAUUUGGUCUCAUGGGGAUCGAUGAUUUCAGGGUAUGUACACAACGGAAGGGCCAUGGAAGCUUUGCAGCUUUUUCAAGAAAUGCUGUCUGCUAGUUUUAGCCCUGAUAAUGUUACCUUUACUACUGUCCUUUCGGCCUGUGCACAAAUAGGUGCCUUGGACAUGGGAAGGUGGAUUCAUGCUAAUCUUAAGAGCAACAAAUUAAUGAAUGAUGUUUUCUUGGCUACCUCUCUUGUGGACAUGUAUGCCAAGUGUGGAUGCAUUGACAUAGCAUCUGAAUUGUUUCAUAGCAUGUCAUGUAAGAAUUUGUGCUCGUGGAAUGCUAUGUUGUCGGGGCUUGCGAUGCAUGGUUAUGGAUUUGCUGCUCUUGAACUCUUUAAAGAAAUGGAAUCUACUUGUGUGGCGCCUAAUGACGUGACUUUUGUAGCAGUUUUAGCAGCUUGUAGCCACAUUGGAUCGGUCGAUGAAGGGAGGAAGCAAUUCAAUGGAAUGAGAAAUAAGUACAACCUCACACCGAAGAUCGAGCACUACGGAUGCAUGAUUGAUAUAUUUUCCCGUGCUGGGCUCAUCAAAGAAGCUAAAGAACUUAUCCAAGACAUGCCAAUGGAGCCAAAUGUGAUUAUAUGGGGAGCUUUGCUCAACGCAUGCAGGAUAUAUGGUUAUGAUGAUAUUGGUGAUGAUGUUGUGGAGUGUCUUCAAAAGCUAGCUUCAGAAGAUGGAGGAUGUUACAUACUACUGUCAAAUAUAUAUGCUGCUAAAAACCGGUGGAGCGAAGUUGAGAAGAUUAGGAAGUUGAUGAGAGAAUUAAGACCUGAAAAGAACAUACCAGGUUUUAGCUCCAUUGAAGUGAACGGUUUGGUCCAUGAGUUUUUUGUGGAAGACAGAUUGAAUUCUAAUGGGAGAGAGAUUAACCAAGUUGUGGAAAGGUUAGGAACUCAUUUGGAAGCUGUGGGUUAUGUGCCAAAUCCGUUGUUGUUCUUGUGCAAUGUAGAUCAGUAGUUUGGAAUGUUACUGGUGAAUUGCAGGUGUCUGGAUAAUUUUUCUUGAAUCAUCUGUUAACGAAAGAACGGACAUAACUGACUAAAAA